CAUUUUACUUGUGGCAGUACAAAGAUGCCUCGCUAUGAUGACCGCCAUGGUAACACACGUUUGUACGUUGGUCGAAUAUCAUAUCGAACCCGUUCCCGUGAUCUUGAAGACCUUUUCGGCAGAUAUGGAAGGUUUUUGGGUUUUUUGCCCGACUUGGAGGUCUUUGGUGGGAGGGGUGCCCUUGGUGGAUUUGAUGGCUAUCCUUCCAAGUAUAUAGGAGACUUUGGCGAUUCUUUCUCUAGUGCCAUAGCGUGUUUUUCUGGAAAUCACAUUACCGAGUGGUGUUUAGUUCAUCUUCUGAGGGCUGAAGUAACAUACCAUUUGGUAUUUAAGUCCUGAUGGCCUUACUCUUUCUGGCAACCAUUUAUGCAGAGUACGAAAUGUGGAUAUGAAGCGUGACUUCGCCUUUGUUGAAUUCAGUGAUCCUCGAGAUGCUGAUGAUGCGAGACACAGUCUAGAUGGAAGAGAGUUUGAUGGAAGUCGUAUUAUAGUGGAAUUUGCAAGGGGGGGUCCUCGUGGACCUGGAGGUUCUCGUGACCAUGCAGGAAGAGGACCUCCUCCUGGUUCUGGCCGCUGCUUCAAUUGUGGAAUUGAUGGGCACUGGGCUCGUGACUGCAAAGCAGGAGACUGGAAAAACAGGUGUUAUCGCUGUGGAGAGGGAGGUCAUGUUGAAAGAAAUUGCCAGAAUAGUCCUAGAAAUCUGAGACGUGGGCGAAGUUAUUCACGAUCACCUUCUCGCCGUGGUAGGAGCAGGAGUCGAAGCUAUAGCAGAAGCCGCAGUUACAGCCGUUCGAGAUCUCCUGGCAGAGAUGGACGAGGUGUAGACCGUGAGAAUGGUUGGAGAUCAAGGAGUCCGCAAUACAGCAGGAGCCCGAGGAAGAGUCCACCUUUAAAGGAGAGGAAACACAGCCCCUCUCCUGAUGGUAGCAGGAGCCCAAAGGGCAGGAUGAGCCCUCCACUAAAAGAGGAAGCCGAGCGCAAUGGGUCUGACUAUGAUCAGAGCCCUCGGAGGGGAAACAGCAGGAGUCACAGCAGGAGUCCCAUGAGCCAAGAGAGGGAGAGUCCUCGGAGCAGGAGGUACAGAAGCCCUCCACCAAAGGAGGAAGCUGAGGUCAAUAUUGCCGACUAUGAUCAAAGCCCGCGGAGGGAAACAGCAGGAGUCCUAUGAACCAAGAGAGGGAGAGUCCUCGGAGGGGAAACAGCAGGAGUCACAGUAGGAGUCCUAUGAGCCAAGAGAGGGAGAGGGAGAGUCCUCGGAGCAGGAGGUAUGAGAGCCCGGCCGCUAACGGGGGAAGCCCUAGCCCCAGGGACUCCGCCGGUGACAACAAACGUUAUGCUUCACCCAGGGGCAGCGAGUCUCCUCCAAGCUGACUUGGGUUUCUAGCGGUUGCGUGGAACCCUGGUUUUUUAUUACCAUUGCUGCUGAUCCCACUGAAACUUAGUUACAAUUGUGGGUUGUUUAAUAUCGUCUGAGACUUGGGGAGAUGCUUAUUUAUUAUGAGGUUGCUUAGUUUGUGAUAUCCACAGGGGACCAUAACUUUUCUUGUUAAAAGGAGACCUGGAACUUGUUGCCGCAGUUCCUUUUACCA